GCGAUAAUUUCGAGAUCAUGAUACAGUCAAUAUGUAUAGUAAUAGCUAUUAUACAAAUGAGCAUCAAAAUGAUGGCAUGUAGAAUGCAACGUUCGAGUUUGCAGGUCUAAUAAAAUUAAAACUUCAAUUUGGUCUGCUAUCUCCAAUUACAACGUCGUCUACAAAAUUAUUUCCAUCGUUUCAGUCGAUAAUAACGGAAAUGGAAAGUAUUGUUAAACUAGCCGCACCACACGAAAAAGCUGUACUACAAAAAUAUGUAAACAGAUCUGCUCUACUACACAUAUUCCUCACUUUUGGAUUUUAUUUAUCUAGCACGAAUAUCGUGUUGGGGCCAAUAUUUCUAUCGCAAUCGUUACCAACUUUCGCUGUUUAUCCUUUCGAUACGGCAUCACAUCCCGUUUACGAAAUUGUUUAUUUAACACAAGCAAUUACUGGUAUACAAGCUUCUACAGGUGCAACGAUUGAUUGCCAAGUCGCACUUUUACUAUGGUUCGCUGGUGCAAGAUUUGAAAUGUUGGAAAUUGAAAUAGCCAAUAGCGUGGACGAGUAUGAUCUUAAUCGAUGUAUAGAGAAACAUCGUCAGAUACUGAGUUAUGCAGAAAAAGUAGUAAAAACUGUACGUUUUGUGAUCCUUGCCACUGUUGGUAUUACAACCAUAUUAAUAAUAUUCAGUGAAAUAAAUUAUAUUUACAGUUUACUUUAG